GUCUUCUUCAAAUGAGGUGUGUCCCAAUUCGUUGUUGUGAAGAUCUGAGUACUUUUCAGACAGCGCCAUUUUCAAGGUUCAAGUUGCACACAGGAAUGGUCUACACUUCAGAGGAGUACCGAACCAAAUCCUUCCUUGUCUUCUCGUGCAAUAUCGUGUAUUCACGCGAGAUUUAUUUCCUAUCAUUUACACAUUUGGGAUGUAUACCAUAAUUAUAUUUUGAAGAGGAAAAAUCAUAAAAAGUGAAAUAGUACGAAACUAUCGACGUCUAGUGAAACGCUAGCUCUACUGCCUGUGGAUUUUGAUAUUUCUCAUGUUCCUAAAUGUACAGUUCUAAAUAGGAUGGUUUAUCCACAAGCUUCUUUAUGUGGUACUACCUAGUACAAUAACUCAUUCCUGGAACGAUAUCCGAGGUGUCACGUGAUCUAGUAAUUGUCAACUGCUUUAUGAUCAGUUCACACCGGGAUAAAUGUGUUUACAAGGAGUAUCUGUUCUCAGAAAAAUUAAACGGUAUUUUGGCUGACGGAGCUAAAUCGAUGUCUUUUAUUUUCAAUUUGCACUUCAUCAAAUCCAGCGUAUACGGAGAAUUUGAGCAGUUUGUACUGUAGCAAUCCCAUAUACGGGAAACCCCUCACAGAUAAUUGUUUUCUGUAUCAAUUUACUAUUGGGAACUUAAUAUUCCCCCGAAUUUCUGUAUUUAAAUUAUCUAUUAACUCGAUUGAUUGCCCAGAGUUUGUACGCAUCAGUAAUUGUUGUCAUUAAAAUCGGAUAGAAUUGUUCUCCUAAUUGUGUUUGAUAAUCCUCGGAUUUUACUGUGCACUCAGCCCCGCCGGGAACGACAGAGACGUGUCAAACUGACAAUUAAAGUGUAUAUCUAUCUUCUGUGACCGUCCGUGAUUGUAUUAAGAUGAAGCUGGAGAUAUUGCUUUUGAUGAUGGCUGCCAUGGGAGAAAUUCUCUAUGUGACGUCACAGGAAUGUUCUGCUUUUGGACGAGUGAAGUAUGGACGAGUGAAGUACCGCAGUCGACGUAAGAUUGCCCGCUUCCGGUGUAGGCGAAAGUUUACACUACUUGGUGCCAAGCUGUCGAUCUGUUUAAAAGGAAUUUGGAACCACCCAGCACCAGUUUGUAUAGCACCCGGAUGUGACAUACCAGAUCCAACGCCACAUUUGAUAAUGACGACAUCUAAAAACGACGCAUUGCUGACGCUGGAGUGUCAACAAGGAUAUGGUUUACAGGGUCCGGACUCUUUGUACUGCGACGGUAAAAAGUGGAGCGAUUCUUUAUCUACGUGUAAUUAUAUAGAACCGGACCUUUCCUGUAAUUUUGAGGAAAGCACACUUUGUGGAUGGACACAAUACCAUGGUGACAAUUUCGACUGGACAGUCAACAGUGGUCGCACCUCUACAGACAGGACUGGACCAGACAAUGACCAUACGUUUGGCUCUACCAGUGAAGGUCAUUAUCUAUAUAUAGAAUCGUCUUCACCGCGUUCUUUGGGUCACAAGGCUACAAUAUUAUCACCUCCCUAUAAAGACCUUCCGAAUGGAACUUGCUUCGAAUUUUACUACCACAUGAAAGGCGCUACCACUCCGAACGGGGUCGGUAGUUUGCUUGUAUACGUCAGACGAGGCAACGAAGACAUAAAUGAGCUUGUCCCAUCUUUCAAUGAGUCCGGUCAUCAAGGCGAAGUAUGGUUGCGAGGCAGUUUCGAAAUUGGUGACGUCAUUUCUACAAUACAAAUUGUGAUAACUGGUAUUCGGGGUACGAGCUAUGUCGGGGACAUUGCCAUUGAUGACGUCAGAUUAUACAAUUGUUCAGACUAUGCUACUGACGUUACAACUGAAAAUGCGCCUGAUACGACCCUACAAUGGACUACACGUGCACCGGAAGUGACAUCAAUAUCUGACCUAAUUACUCCUAAAGACGUCACGACAAUAAACACAGACGUCACAUCCGAUGAUAGCCACGUGACUACUUCAUCUGACAUAGAUAUGUCUACUUCCGCUUCUGGUUCGUACUCAACUGGUAUGUCAACCAGCCCGCCUAAAGUUGUUGAUAUGACAACAGAAGAAACUACGACGGAAAUGACACCACAGCCAACAUCAACAAGAUUGAUUACAGGGCCGACAACAAAAGAUGUGACAAUGGAGAAAACAACAGUGUCUAGUACACCAUGGACAACACCGGCUCCUUCAACAACCAUCAAACAGCCAACAGCGGGGACUACAAAACGGACAACUUCUCAAACAUCAACGACAACUACUCUACCUACAACAACUAGGCCGUCAACGACAACAAGAAGAUCGACAACGACAAUACCUACAACUACAAAACGAACAACGAUAACUACAACUCCCAAACCGACGACAACAAAAGCGACAACUCCCAAACCGACGACAACAAAAGCGACAACUCCCAAACCGACGACAACAAAAGCGACAACUCCCAAACCGACGACAACAAAAGCGACAACUCCCAAACCGACGACAACAAAAGCAACAACUUCAAAACCAACGACAACGAAAGCAACAACUCAAAAGCCGACGACAACGAAAGCGACAACACAAUCAACAAGUACAUCAAAUCAACGUAAGAGUACAACAUCAUCAUCACAAAUAACAACAAAAGCAACAACAACACUACGCAGCUCAGAAACAACAAAGCAAGCUUCAACUAAAACCACUUCGAAUUCGGCCGGAACAAUUACGACCACAUAUUUUGACAAUUCUAUACCGGAAGUCACAAGGAGACCACAAGACAAUAAUGAAACCGAUAUUCCAAACGUGAUUCAGGUUGGUAAAAGUACCGGCCAAUCAAAGGGUCCAGUCAAGCCCUUGAUGAUUGGCAUUGGAGUGGGCGUGGCUAUCGGUCUAGCUAUCGUCUUGGUGAUAGUGUUUCUGUAUAUGAAGAAACAUCGACAGAAACAUGACGACAUGGAAGACGAGAUGGCCCCUAUUGCCAGAAAUGCCUACAGUGAAUGGUAACGAGUGACAGAGUUUAAGAUUUGUCGGACAUCGAACAUGACAAGGACUUCCGAAAACUUCCCUCCUCUAUCACAUAACAUCAGGGCUCAUUGAGACGUCGUACACGCACAUUGAUCAACUGUUCGAGAGCCUGGAUUACCACGUUUUUGGCAUACUAUCAUUGACUAUAAUUGUUUAACCUUCACAUUGAACGCUAAAUGUGACGUCAUCAUCUUGUUGACAAAGUCAUUCAAAUGCCAUACAACAAUAACGCAAAAUCUACAUUUUGUGAAUUUUGUACGAAUUCGUCCUUUACAUUUUUGUACUUUUUUUCUCUACACUCCAGCUGGGAAAAACACAACGACAGACUGUAACAGAUACAGCCGUGGCGUAAAAAGCUUAAUGGAGCUUGAAACAAUUACAAAACUUUUAAUGGAUUAUCAGUGUCACGCUAAUACACACAAAUUGUACACGGACUUCCCGUAUUUCUGUGACCUGCGUGGAAUGAACCACCUUUCCUCUUCCCUACACCGCUCGUGGAAUCAAUUGUUGUGCGAAAGUCACUUUAAAACUAUAUUUUCGCACAGAUUUAAUAACAGCGAAUAUUAUACACGGUUUGAUUAUUUUUACAGAGUGUACUAAUCAAGUUAUUGUGAAUUUCAUUAAUUAAUGAAUGUGGCAUAUUGUCGCGUCCGAUUUACCCGGUAUAUUGAAUUAAUCAAACUCAUAAAAAAACCGGGUCGUUUGUUUAUGAUAGUAAAAAAACUUAUGUAUAUAUAUGACCCGAUGUAAAUGUUUGCUUACAAAUAUCGAAAUGUACUUAAGUAAUGUAUCCUAUGUCAUUAUUAUCCAUAAAUCUGAAUAUGUAUUUACAGUGUAUAUAAAUAUAUAUAGUCAAGGGUUGAACAAGGUACCAUAGAGUCAAUCGAUCACUGUAUAGGACCGGUCAUUAUGGAUACUGUGUCUGAGAUUCUGGCGUCCCAGUUUGUUUUCUAACAACCGUAGUCAUUUUGAGGUAGAGUCUCUUUGUAGUAGUUAGUGGCUACAUCACUGAACAGCAUGCGGUAGACCAUUCGCAUGUCUAUCCCACGAACAGGGCGACCCGUGAUCUCAGCUAAACAAAAAAAUGCAAAUUAUUUUGUCUAAAUUUGAUUUGCAAAAAAAAGAAGAAAAAAAAGCAAAAAAAAAAAAGCAUGCAUUUAAGAGUUACAGAGGCCCUAAAAUGUACACAUGUGUCCACAUCAUAAUCACUGCAAUGACGAAAUAAAUCUAGGAUUUUGUCCCUGGCGAAAUGAAAUGAGUCUCAAUGCUAAAAGAAUUGAUGCACAUGUUCUUGAGCAUUCCUGUUGAUUUCAUAUUGAAUGCUUGAUGGAACAGCAGGUGAUAAAACUCUUGUAACUAAAUAUAUAUGCAUUAGAUCCUAAGUCAGGGAACUAAUGUAUCUAAGUUCCGCUUGGCAGACCAGUUAAUGUUUUUGAACGGUUAGAAUUAGCUUCUAUAGUUUCUAUACGGUUAUUUAAUUUAUCUACUUUUUAUGAGAAAAAAUCAUUUAAAAAGGGAGAACAAAGCAU